CGGGCGCUGCUAGCGGAGGCGCCAUAUUGGAAGGGACAAAACUCCGGCGACAGCGAGUGACACAAAUAAACCCUUGGACCCCCUCGCUCCCCCAGCUCUGAGGGCCGCGAUGUUGUACCUAGAGGACUAUCUGGAAAUGAUUGAGCAGCUACCAAUGGACCUGCGGGACCGCUUCACCGAGAUGCGCGAGAUGGACCUGCAGGUGCAGAAUGCAAUGGAUCAGCUAGAACAAAGAGUCAGUGAAUUCUUCAUGAAUGCAAAGAAAAAUAAACCGGAGUGGAGAGAAGAGCAAAUGGCAUCCAUUAAAAAGGAUUACUAUAAAGCUUUGGAGGAUGCAGACGAGAAGGUACAGUUGGCAAACCAGAUAUAUGACUUGGUAGAUCGACACUUGAGAAAGCUGGAUCAGGAACUGGCUAAGUUUAAAAUGGAGCUGGAAGCUGAUAAUGCUGGAAUUACAGAAAUAUUAGAGAGGCGAUCUCUGGAAUUAGAUACUCCUUCACAGCCAGUGAACAAUCACCAUGCUCACUCACAUACUCCAGUGGAAAAAAGGAAAUAUAAUCCAACUUCUCACCAUACGACAACAGAUCAUAUACCUGAAAAGAAGUUUAAAUCUGAAGCUCUUUUAUCUACCCUAACAUCAGAUGCCUCUAAGGAAAAUACGCUAGGUUGUCGAAAUAAUAAUUCUACAGCUUCUUCUAACAAUGCUUACAAUGUGAAUUCCUCCCAGCCUCUGGCAUCCUAUAAUAUCGGCUCCUUGUCUUCAGGAGCUGGUGCAGGGGCAAUUACCAUGGCAGCAGCUCAAGCAGUUCAAGCUACAGCUCAGAUGAAAGAGGGACGAAGAACAUCAAGUUUAAAAGCCAGUUAUGAAGCAUUUAAGAAUAAUGACUUUCAGCUGGGAAAAGAGUUUUCCAUGCCCAGGGAAGCAGCUGGCUAUUCAUCAUCUUCAGCGCUCAUGACUACAUUGACACAGAACGCCAGCUCAUCCGCAGCAGAUUCACGGAGCGGGAGAAAGAGCAAAAACAACAACAAGUCUUCAAGCCAGCAGUCAUCAUCUUCCUCCUCCUCUUCUUCCUUAUCAUCAUGUUCUUCGUCAUCAACUGUUGUACAAGAAAUCUCUCAACAGACAACAGUUGUACCAGAAUCUGAUUCGAACAGUCAGGUUGAUUGGACUUAUGACCCAAAUGAACCACGAUACUGCAUUUGUAAUCAGGUAUCCUAUGGUGAGAUGGUGGGCUGCGAUAACCAAGAUUGCCCCAUAGAAUGGUUCCAUUAUGGAUGUGUUGGAUUGACAGAAGCACCAAAAGGAAAAUGGUACUGUCCACAGUGCACUGCUGCCAUGAAAAGAAGAGGCAGUCGGCACAAAUAAGGGUGGUCGUUUCAUUUGAGAAAGAAAAAAACUCCAACAUUUUAUAUAGGACUUUAAAAAAAGGAAAAAAAGAGAGAGAAGAGACAAUGCAUUUCCAGGCAACCACUUAAAGGAUUUACAUAGACAAUCCUAUAAGAUCUUGAACUUGAAUUUUAUGGGUUGUAUUUUAAUAAUGUAAGUAAAUUAUUUAUGCACUCCUGCUGUGCUCUGAAUAUUAUUCCAGUCAGCCUUGGAUUAUUUCAGUGGCCAACAUAUGCAGACGUUUGUACUCCUCAACCAUUUUCUCCAAGUAAUGGGCAUUCUAUAAUUUAGACUUCAAAGAAUUCCAACGAUGAAGAUUUUAAGAAAAGGAUUUUAUAUUCAACAGGUAUGUUCUGCUGCAUGUACUGUACUCCAGAGCUGUUACGUAACACUGUAUAUAAAUGGUUGCAAAACAAAAAAAAAGUCAGUGCUUCUAAAAAGAAUUUAAGAUAAUGGUUUUUUAAAUGCCUUUAUAAUAAGCUUUGUUUCUUUGUGAAACUAAAUUCAGCGGGCUGAAGGAAAUGGUUCAUGUGAUAAAGUGGGCUGGUGUCCUCUAGAGUACCUGGGUACAUAAACAGAAAUUCCUGUAGGUAAAAACUAAUCUGUGCCAUUAGUCUUUAUAUGUUUCUGCAUCCAGAUAGAGUGCAGUUCA